AUGGCAGGGGUUUCCCAUGGCUUUGCGCUGGUAGCACCAGCCUCGAGGGGGCUAGGCCUCGCAUUCGCCCAGCAAUUGCUCACGAAAACCGAGCUUCCAGUCGUGGCUACAACGCGAAAGAACUGUACUGGAGUUCGAGACCGAAUUCUUAACGGCAAGAAUGUACCUUCCAGUGCGAAAGGACGACUUCGCUUGUUUGAGGUUGACGUGAAAGACGAGUCCACGAUUUCGUCGAUGGCAGACGCAAUCCGGACGGAUUAUCCAGAUACACCGCUUCGUCUAGCAUUGACGGUUCCGGGAAUUCUUCAUGUUGAAAAAUCGCCAUCGCAAAUCGAUGCGGCAAGCGCACUAGACAGCUUUCAGGUGAAUGCUCUGGGUCCGCUCUUGCUCAUGAAACACCUGUCUCAAUUUCUUCCGGCUAAGUCUACGCCUGAAUUUCAAAUCAAAAGCACAUCAGAAACAGGAGGAGGAAGUCAACUAGAGCUACCGUCCCAUGCAGUGUAUGCGAUGAUGGCUGCGCGAGUGGGCUCGAUUUCUGAUAAUUCUUCCGGUGGCUGGUACUCCUAUCGUGCGAGCAAGGCCUCGGUAUUCCAACUGGCAAAGACCUUUGACUUGUACCUGCGAUCAAAGUCAGGGAAAAAUGCUCUAGCUGUUGCGCUACACCCCGGGACUGUUCGCACGGAUUUUACAAAGGAUUUCUGGAAGGGUAGAGAAAUGUUAGAGCCAUUAGAUUCAGCGGAGCGACUUUUGAAAUUCCUAAUCGGAAUGUCGCCGGAUUUUGAUGGGGGGAGAGGCAAGUGUUGGGAUUGGAAGGGAGACGAAGUAUACCCGUGA